GUUAUUUCAAGUCAUAUAUGAAACGAGGUGUACAGAAAAUUUUAAUUAGCACAAACACCACUAUUGUUUUACAGUGAUGCAUACAGACAGUUACACUAUAUCUUAAUAUUGCAGCUGACCAAAUAUGUCGUAACCAAAAUAGUGUUCAUGUUCAAGCUAAUCAUCUCCAAUGCCAUCAGAAAGAGCCUCAGAAGCCGCGAUCGAACAAUCUCAAAGUGUAAUUCUGUUCUACGUAUUAGUUGGUCAAAGACUGGACGUUUCCUAUGAAGAAAUAGAUGAAAGUUUUAAAAGAAAACUGGACUUUCACAUAGUUUUCUUUUGAAGAGAAAAACACUGGCCAGCCGAUCUACUGUCGUAAUUACAGAGGAUUUCAGUAGAUCGUUUCCAAGUCGAAUGUUCACUAUUGAAUGGAUUUAUGAUUGACCCGCGCAUUCAACACUUCUACUGGAGCCUUACAUCGAUGUUGUGUAUAUUCACUUUGAAGUGUCUUUCAAAACUUUUCGUUCCAAUUGGAAUUGAAGUUAUAAAGAUAGUUGUUUAUGCUUAUGAGUACCUUACAUGGCCACUGUACUACUUAUUCAGCAAAACAUUGAGGUAUAUGCCUCUGCCCAACUCUCCUGUUGACAGCGACUGGACGUAUAAUGAAGAAGAAAGUCGAACUUUGGCACUUCCCGUACGUGAGGGUGAUCCUGGUUCGCCAUGGAGAGCAGUUGAGGCCCUCGAUGGUCUGACAAGUUCACUUCCUGGAUGUAAAGAUUUGGUUGAUGUUUGGCUCCGCACUGUCAAGCUGUGGCCUGAUUUGCCUGCGUUUGGAACCAGAGCCGUUUUACGCACGGACUACAGAUCAUCCAUAGUUGUAUAAAUGAAACAAAACACCUGGUACCUGCUAGGAUUGAACAUUCUAUCUAAUGGUGAUGUCGCAAAGUUGCAUUGUUGCGGAACUAUGAUUUUGUUCCCAUAUUAGUGCAAACCAAGCUAUUCAUAUGGUGUUCAGUAAAUAUGGAUCCCUUAUGUGCUUCCGUGCCGAAUAAUUCUCAUUUCUAAGUCUUAGUGUGUUUUUGUUUUUUUAGUGAGUAUAAUGGUAAGUAGAUACUUCCCCAUAAAAAGUAUUUCAUAUGUUGUGUUUGUUAUGUAUCCUAAUUUCGUAUGAUUUUGUCCCGCACUAGCCGAGUCCCGACGGAAGACUAAUGAUUGAGCUCACUUUGGGUGAGUACUCUUGGGAGACAUUUUGGGACGCUGAACGUCGAGUAUCCCAUCUAGCAGCUGGCUUGUAUUCAAUGUUGGGUUCCAUUAAGGAACAUAAUCAGCCCAUUGCAUUAUUCAGUGAAACAAGAGCUGAGUGGAUGUUUGCUGCUCAAGCUUGCUUUCGUCUCAACCGACCUGUCGCUACUCUGUACGCUACUCUCGGUGAUGAUGCAUUGGUACAUGGAUUUAAUGAAACUGAAGCUGUGGUCGUGUUCACAAGCGAUGAGCUCUUAUCAAAAGUAAUUAAAAUUGUUCAAAGAUGUCCUUCAAUUCAACGUAUUAUAUAUUUCACAAAUGGAGUUUUUAAUCGAGAACUUUACACAGAAGUUGACAACCUGGCUGUUCCAUCUGGAAGUGCUACUGCCAGUGUUGCAGAAGCUCUGACAAAAUGUCCGUCAAAUUUACAUCUACACGAUAUAAUCGAAGUCGAACGUUUGGGAGCUGCAGUAAUCAUGAAAGAUAGAGAAAAACAAACAACGAGUACUUCCACACCAAUUACAGGGAAUAAUAAUCACUCAUCAAACGGUUAUGAAGGUUUAUGGAUGCCUCCUGCAUCAGAACGUGCCAGUCCCUUAGAUUUAGCUGUGAUCAUGUACACAAGUGGAUCAACAGGUCAACCUAAAGGCGUUGAAAUGACCCAUGAAAAUUUAGUUAGUGCCAUAGCUGGUCAUCUACAACGUUUACCGAAACUUCGUAGUAAUUACGACAUAUAUAUAGGAUAUUUACCGCUAGCUCAUGUUUUAGAGCUUACCUGCGAAUUAUCCUGUGUCAUUAUGGGUGUACGAAUUGGUUACUCGAAUCCACAAACACUAACAGACACUUCAUCCCGUAUUAAACGAGAUUACUGCUUAGGUGAUGUCAGUCUUCUUCGACCUACUCUUUUUGCCAGUGUACCUACUGUAUUAGAACGUAUUUCUAAGGCUGUUUGGGAAAAAGUGAACGCUGGCGGUGAAUUUCUUCAAGCUCUCUUCAAAUUUGCAUAUGCCUACAAAUGCCGACGAAUUCAUGGUGGUUUUCCAAGUUUCCUCGUGGAUCGGUUGAUUUUCCGUAAGGUUAGAUCCCUCAUGGGUGGACGAAUUCGUUAUAUUGUUUGUGGUGGAGCACCAUUAUCAGAAGAUUCACAAUUAUUCACAAAUAUAUGCAUCGCACCUAUUGUACAAGGUUAUGGGCUUACUGAGUCCUGUUCUACUGGCGCUUUGAUGGAGUGUGGAGAUCUGCGAUGUAAUCAUUCUGGAGCACCUGCUCCUACUCUGCAGAUUCGUCUAAGAGCAUGGCCUGAAGGUGGAUAUUCUCCCUAUGAUACACCGUCUCCACGUGGGGAGAUUCUUUUAUCUGGUAAACCGGUUUCUAGAGGUUAUUACAAACAGCCUGAAUUGACAGCUAGAGAUUUCAUAACCGAUCAAGACGGUACACGUUGGUUUUGUACUGGGGAUAUUGGCUUAAUGCAUACAGAUGGAAGUUUAUCAAUAAUUGACCGUAAAAAAGAUCUUGUUAAACUACAAGCUGGGGAAUAUGUUUCCCUUAGCAAAGUUGAAAUGGCUCUUAGUCAAUCAGCCUAUGUUGAACAAAUUUGUGUUUAUGUGGACCCGAUGCAAAAUUAUCCAAUCUGUUUCGUGUCACCGAAAUUAAAAUCGCUUAUUGACUUAGCAGAAUCUUUGAACUUAGUCCACUUACUACAUGAAGCUCGUUCAAAACUUCCUAUAGAAUCAAUGAAGGAUUCCAUUGCUAUCGAACAUGUGGAACGAGCUGUUCUCUGUAAACACCCUCAAAUUAUACAGGCUGUGUUAAAAGAUUUACAACGAGUUGCUAGAGAGAAACGUUUAAGCACUUUUGAAAUACCACAAAAAGUCGCUUUAGAUACUAUAGCUUGGACACCGGACACUGGUCUUGUAACAGAUGCAUUAAAAUUAAAACGUUUCAACUUACAAACUCGUUUUCAACAUGAAAUUGAAGAACUCUAUCAAAAGGAUACACGAGCAUAAUUAUUAAAUUAAUAAUAAAUAUUAUUCACCAAGUGAAAUACAGAAAUGAGUAUUGAAAUGUAUGCAGUACAUUCCAUCUUUAUCAUUAGUAUUUAAUAUAUAUGUGAAUAGAUAUAAUACCAACAGCUUAUUUGUAUUAAACCUUUCAAAUAGACUCAAACGGUCAUCAAUUAAAUCAUAUAAACCGACCAUAUAUAUAUAUAUAUAUAUCUUUUGUUUUACCAGCCAGUUAUUGUUGUACACAAGUCACUGGACAUAUUCAUUAUGGUCGUCAAAAAACAUUGUAUGUAUGUGAUUCUGUAGUUAUAAACGUACAUAAUUAAUGGUGCUUGAAUAGUUUGCUCUUUUCAACUUCUAUGUCUUCAUAUCGACCCCAUUUGUUUGUAGCUUCCCCAAAUUUCUCUAUGGUAUACUUCUCUCGCUCAUUCUGAUUAGUCAGUUUUCGCAUAAUUGUAUCUCUUUUCAUCAAUUCAUUUGCCUUCUUCCUGUAAAUCUUGGUAGCAGUAGUAGUAGUAAUACCAAUGAUAAUUAUCGUAACAGUGACGAUCAAAGUGGUGUAUUUAAAAUUGUUAUCUCCAAAAAUACAUCUGUUUUUCAUUCUGUUUCGUUCGAUCUUCAUUUUCAUUCAUUAAUAUGAUUAAUACUACAUAUAUUUCAUAUAUAUUAUUUAUUUGCCUUUAUUCUGUUUCUUGUCUAAAUAUUUACCGUGUCACCGGUUGAUUUUUUCUUUGUAGUUUCGUGUAUUUCUAAUUGUCUUGAAGACAUUCGUGUCUGUUUUAUAAUCUUAGUUCGAUGUUCAAUUAUUCGUUUUUUGGUAUUAAAUGUAACAAAUGGUGUAGCUUGAUCAUCUCAUAAGUUUGUCAUUGACACUUCGUUAUCAAUUCAAUUUAUUGGUUUAUUUGAUGUAGCUUUAUGUGUAUCUGCAUCUAUAUUUACAAAUAUCUAAGGUAGAUUAUAAAAAAUUAUAUUCAGCACCUCAUUUCCACGCAUAAACGUUUGCUCAUUCAUUCAUUUUUCACCUAUCUUUUCUAAGUACACAUCGUCGUUUUAUUUGCAAGUAAUCUUAGUUGACAACGUGUCCUUGUGUCUGUAUUGAUUUGACUUACUAUUUACUUGCUCCUUUUGUAAAUUUUCAUUUUUGUUUCUGAUAUGUGGACGAGAAUGAUUAUGAUUGGUUGUCUUGAUGAAUCAGACAUUAGAUAGGAUGACAGGUGUUGUGUUAUAUAUUCCCCUAUCCUUAUUAUGUAUUGAUUGUUCCUUAUUGAUUGACUGUUCUUUGUGUCGGAUUUUGGUGUGGAGAUAUAUUGACGUUACAGUCAGGCUAAUCUCGUGUUCUUGAUCUGAGUUGUGUUGAAGUCUUGAAGAAUAGACACUGGUUGGGAAUCUAGUGUAGAUAUUCGUCUAAGGUAAAUUAACAUCCCACAUACGUGUAGAAAGUUAAAGGACUGUUAUAACCAGAAACCCCUAAAGUUAUAAUCAGCAUCCUACGUUUAUAACAAUUGGCGACGGCAUCCUUACGUUUAUAACAGUUUCCUAUAAAGUAAAAAUUAUUCCCGAAAUGUUUUUCUCAACAUUCCCCUCCUUAAUUACCAAGAGUUUUGCAUUACUAAAUCUAGCCAACUUUUGUUACCUUGCCCAUACUAUUUGGUUGAAAAAAAUAAUUAAAUGUAAUUAUCUGUGAGAAUUGAAUGGAACCAGAUUUGGAAUAGCGUUGUCUUCCCUAAUUUUACUUCAUAUUGCCAAGUGUUUUCCUUAUUUUAUUUCUCUACCUUCAAGACACGCAUGAACUUGGAGUAUACGAACAACAGAUCCGUUUUCUGGUUUUUGAUAAAUCUAGAGUCUAUUAAGUACUUCAAAUUCCUAGGAUGCUUCAGGACCGGUUAGUCUUCGCCUUCAAUUAUUCACUAAGGAGCCAGGUAAUCGAUUGUUUCAUUUAUCUUGUGAGUUUUGCGCUCAAUAGAUCGGUGUCUGACAAAAUCUUGAAGUGAAUACUAGAAAUAUGCUUUGCUCCUAGCAAUCACGUCAGGCGUGAUGUACGUCUGUCUACUAAGCUACGAAUCUGCUGUUAUACUGACUUUCAAAAGUAGAGAGCGUAUGUAAACCGUAAAUAUUUGCAAUAAAGAUUACUCCGAAAAUGAGUAUGGAAAAAGUGACGAGAGUAAGCGUGUGUAUGUCGCAAAUUUUUAACGGUAGUUCGUCCCAAAUGACAAAAUUUAUGUUGAGAAGGGUUUUCACGGUGCUUCGUCUAAUCUCAUCUUGUAUGCUGUUCUAGGUUGUAGUUGAGUAUUUCUAUAUUCAAUCCAUCAUUGGAUCUUAGCAAUGUAACAAAUAGUGUACUAGAUUGAAAUUGGUGUGUCUUUUCUAGAGAGAGGUUAAGCCUAAUGUAUCACACAGUUUAAAUUAAUUUAAACUACAAUCCGCUUCCAAUUUUUGUUGUAUUCCAUUGAUUUCGAGUUCGUCACGUGUGUGACUUCUAUGUAGGAGCGAGAAUUAUUUUACCAUUGAGAGGAUACAGGCUACGUGCUUUCGAAUCGACUUACGUAUCUUCAGAAUAUGCUGAAUUGUUAGUCCCCAAAUGCCCUGGUACGGCC